CCCUCACAACCGCAAAUCGAAUUCAACUCGACAAGUGGCCGGGGACCAUGUAACUGUGUACCAUAUCACAUGUGUGAUCCCACCACGGGCACUGAAACCACAUCAGUUGAGGAUGGUGAAUUUGACGGGUUCGGUUUGAUCGACAUACGCUUCAACAACGACGAUCCUGUGUGCGAACACUUCCUCGAUGUCUGUUGCGAUAGUCAAAGGCGACGUAGCGACAGCCUCACGCCCAAACCACAAGAACAACGGCCUGAGCGUCAAAAAGGUUGUGGCAUACGCAAUGUUGGUGGAAUUGAUUUCAACAUUACAGGCGCCUAUGAUAACGAGGCUGGUUUUGGUGAGUUCCCUUGGACUGUGGCGCUACUGCAGGCCGGCAAUUAUAGCUACUUCUGUGGCGGUUCACUCAUACACCCGCAAGUGGUGCUGACGGCAGUGCAUUGCGUUAUUGGACGAGCGGUCUCGAGUUUCAUGAUACGCGCCGGUGAGUGGGACUCACAGACCACCAAAGAGCGUCUACCCUAUCAGGAGCGCAGUGUGCAAAGUAUCAUUACACAUCCCAACUUUAAUUCACGUAAUGUUGGUAAUAAUUUCGCUUUGGUGGUACUAAGUCAACCACUUGUCUUGGCCGAUCACAUCAAUGUUGUCUGUCUGCCACAGCAAAAUGCAGCGCCGCUUGCCAAUACGCAGUGCUUCGCCAACGGUUGGGGUAAGGAUGAUUUCGGCGAGGCUGGACGUUAUAGCACCAUUAUGAAGCGCGUGCCCUUGCCUAUUGUGGACUUUGGCAGCUGUCAGACGCGCUUGCGCGGCACACGUUUGGGACAGAAAUUCGUGCUCGACCGUUCAUUUAUUUGCGCUGGUGGCGUGCGUGGUAUCGAUACAUGCCAAGGAGACGGCGGUGCACCACUAGUCUGUCCAAUUGGGUUGCCUGCGGAAAAUCGUUACGAGCAGGAUGGCAUUGUGUCGUGGGGUAUCGGCUGUAAGGAUGAUAUACCUGCAGCGUAUGCGAGCGUGGCGACGGCGCGUGAUUGGAUUGAUCAGCAAAUGUACCGCUUGGGCUAUGGCACGACUUCUUAUACACCGAUUUAAAUGCAAGAAUAUAUAUAUGUACAUAUUUUUAGCAUACAGGCAUACUCACACUUGCAUACUUGAGAGAUUAUAAACUUUCGAAAAAAAUUAUUAAAAAUAAACGUAAUGACUUUUAUUUAGUUUAUAACGUACCUACAUACAUGCAUAAAAAUUUACUCAUGUAUAUAUAAAUAUGUAUGCUUUUUUAUUAUUUCUAUACAAAACUUAGAAUGAAAUGCACAUAGCAUUUGUAUUGAAUGAUCAAAU